ACUCGGGCUGAGGCUUUCUGACGCCGUAUUGUUGUGUUUUUCUCUCCUCUCAGACAUCCGGGUCGAUCCCUGCUGGACUCUGUGGGCCUCGAACACACGCACACCUGCGGCCGCGGACGUGAUGGACUCCAGCGUGGACCUGUCCCGCAGGAACCCGCAGGAGGACUUCGAGCUGAUCCAGCGGAUAGGAAGCGGCACGUACGGGGAUGUGUACAAGGCUCGUAAUGUAAACACAGGAGAGCUGGCUGCUAUCAAAGUCAUCAAACUGGAACCGGGUGAGGACUUUGCUGUCGUCCAGCAGGAGAUUAUAAUGAUGAAGGACUGUAAACACUCCAACAUCGUAGCCUAUUUUGGCAGUUAUCUCCGGAGAGAUAAGUUAUGGAUCAGUAUGGAGUACUGUGGCGGAGGCUCUCUGCAGGAUAUCUAUCACGUAACUGGGCCGCUGUCAGAGUCACAGAUCGCCUACAUGUCACGGGAGACCCUGCAGGGUUUAUACUACCUUCACAAUAAAGGCAAAAUGCACAGAGACAUCAAGGGAGCCAACAUCCUCCUGACAGACAACGGCUACGUUAAACUAGCUGACUUCGGCGUAUCGGCUCAGAUCACAGCGACUCUGGCCAAGAGGAAGUCGUUCAUUGGAACUCCGUACUGGAUGGCUCCAGAGGUGGCAGCAGUAGAGAGGAAAGGAGGUUACAACCAGCUGUGUGAUAUCUGGGCUGUGGGCAUUACUGCAAUAGAGCUGGCUGAACUCCAGCCUCCCAUGUUCGACCUGCACCCCAUGAGGGCUCUCUUCUUAAUGACCAAGAGUAAUUUCCAGCCUCCGAAGUUGAAAGAUAAAGUCAAGUGGACUAAUAACUUCCACCAUUUUGUCAAACUGUCGCUCACCAAGAACCCAAAGAAGAGGCCCACAGCGGAGAAGCUGCUGCAGCACCCUUUCGUGUCGCAGCCUCUCAGCAGGACGCUGGCGAUCGAGCUGCUGGACAAAUCCAACAACCCCGACCACAGCACCUACAACGACUUUGACGACGACGACCCUGAACCAGAGUCUCCGGUCUCUGUUCCUCAUCGGAUCCGUUCCACCAGCAGGAGCGCCCGGGAGGGAAAGACGCUGUCGGAGAUCAACUUUGGUCAGGUGAAGUUUGAUCCUCCACUCAGGAAGGAGACAGAGCCUCAUCAUGAACCGUGUGAAUCUGAGCCCUAUCUGGACUGUGUUGAGGAGCUCUACUAUACCGCGAGAUCUAAUCUGGACUUGCAGUUGGAGUACGGACACGAUUCACCAAGUCUACUGGGAGGAAACAAGAGUCUUCUCAAAUCGGUGGAGGAGGAGCUUCACCAGAGGGGCCAUGUGGCACACUUAGGGGAUGAUGAUGAUGAGGAUGAUGGUGCAGAUGAUGAUGAAACUCACACUCAUAAAUCCAACACUAUCAUGAGGCCGAAGGUCCCACCUCCUCUUCCUCCCAAGCCCAAGUCCAUCUGCUCGUCCCAACAACCCCAGCAGCCGCAAAAACACGAUGACAGCGAGGACGACGGCGGCGGGGGAGGGACCAUAAAGCGCUGUCCGGCCCCGGAGACGGCGAGCCCCGCUAAGGCCGCCUCCAACGUCCCGCCGCGGCCUCCGCCCCCGAAGCUGCCGCCCCACCGCCGCAGCAGCCUAGGUAACGAGAGCCCGAAGCACGCGGCCAUGGAGAGCUCCGCCCCAGAGGAUGAUGGGAGCUUUAGGCAUUUCUGGGAGUGGCUCCACACGCCUCACACUGAGGAGGAGCUGGAGGAGGCAUGGGAGGUGCUGAAGGAGGUGAAAGAGGAGCAGGAUAAAGAGGAGGAAAAGGAAGAGAGUAAUGGGCUGAACACGGCUCCACAUGGCAGUGAGAGGGAGAGUCCAGCAGAGAGACAGUCCACCAUGCCCCCUAGUGUCCCCAUACGGAAAGACAAGAAGGACGUUCCGAAGCCAAUCAGUAACGGUCUUCCUCCUACACCCAAAGUCCACAUGGGUGCGUGUUUCUCAAAGGUGUUCAACGGCUGUCCUUUGAAGAUCCACUGUGCCACUUCCUGGAUCAACCCCGACACCAGAGACCAGUACUUGAUAUUCGGAGCUGAAGAGGGAAUCUACACGUUAAACCUUAAUGAGCUGCAUGAGACCUCCAUGGAACAGCUCUUUCCUCGGCGGUGUACCUGGCUCUAUGUCAUGAACAGCUCUCUUCUCUCCAUAUCCGGAAAAGCGUCUCAGCUGUACUCCCACAGUCUGAGCGGUCUGUUCGAACAGGCCAGACAGUUACAGAAGUUACCAGUAGCCAUUCCCACACACAAGCUGCCUGAUAAGAUGAUUCCCAGGAAGUUUGCAGUGUCCAAUAAAAUUCCAGACACUAAAGGAUGCCAAAAGUGCUGCGUAGUCCGUAACCCGUACACAGGACACAAGUACCUGUGUGGAGCCUUUCAGUCCAGUGUCAUGCUGUUGGAGUGGGUGGAGUCCAUGCAAAGGUUUAUGCUCAUCAAGAACAUCGACUUCCCGCUGCCAUGUCCGUUGGAGGUCUUCGAGAUGCUGGUGGUCCCGGAGCAGACCUACCCUCUGAUCUGCGUGGCGGUCAGUAAAGGCACCGAACUCAGCCAGGUGGUCCGGUUCGGAACCGUAAACCCCAACUCUACCUCCUCCUGGUUCACAGAAGCAGACACACCACAGACCUGUGUGAUCCACGUCACUCAGCUAGAGAGGGACACCAUCUUAGUCUGCCUCGACAGGUGUAUAAAGAUCGUGAACCUCCAGGGCAGGUUGAAAUCCAGCAGGAAGUUGUCAGCCGAGCUCACCUUCAACUUCCAGAUCGAAGCCACGGUUUGUCUCCAAGACAGCGUUCUGGCCUUCUGGAGGCACGGCAUGCAGGGACGCAGUUUCAAGACCAACGAGAUCACCCAGGAGAUCUCUGACAGCACACGCAUCUUCAGACUACUGGGAUCAGACAGACGUACCGACUGUAGAGAUCCAGACACCGACAGAGGCCGCGCUCUGCCCAGGGUGGUGGUGUUGGAGAGCAGACCGACAGACAACCCCACAGCCCACAGCAACCUCUACAUCCUGGCCGGCCAUGAAAACAGCUACUGACACACACACACACACACACACACACACACACACACACACACACACACACACACACACACACACGUUAAAACACUCUCUGUACCCACCACUAAUGCAACGCAAGGGGGUGCGCAAACCGGGGGAGGGAGGAGGGGGGGAGACAUACUCACACCCAACCCGUGUGACGGGGAGGACGGGGGGGUGAUCCGUUGGUGGGUGCAGCAGUGGAUUCCCCCGGUGGUUUUAAAAUGCACCGCAGUGUUACAUGUGUUUUAGUUAAAGCGUGUCGUAGUGGAGGCGGGGCUUAAAAAAAACUGCUGGUCUGAGGCCAGUUUGUGUUGAGACACCUGGGAAUCCUUCCCACCUUUUACUGCACAGAAGUCUGACGUCAACACUACUUCUACUACUAGUCCUACACGUACUACUACUACUACUACUACUACUACUGCUACUGCUACUUGCGCUAAAGCUUCACUGAAGAGCCAUCUUGCACAGAAAUCCUUCAUCGUCUCCUUCUUCCUCCUUCCUUCCUUCCUUCCUUCCUUUUCCUCCGCUUUUUUUAUUUUUUAUUUUAAACUACACCUUUAUUUAUUGUGGCAUGAUGUAACUUUUAACAACCAGGAUGGCUUUCCUGUUUUAGUAGUUUUUUUUAAAAGGAUUAAAAAAAAAAAAAAGAAAAAAAAAAAGUGAAAAGCUUUGCCACCUCCGCUAGCAUCGAAUCCCAACACCCGUCACCACACAAGUGCUUAAUUGACCUCUAUUUAAUUGUUGUAAAUAUAAAUGUAGUAUUUUUUUGACAGAGAUGAACACUAAGAAGACACGUAGGUCAUGUAGAUAGGCGUGUGUCAAACGGACAAACAGGGAGACGUCAGAGGAGUGACGGAGGGUGGGGGAUAAAUUCACUUCCUGGUUCCCUGAUCAUGUGACGAGGGUUUAGGAAGCGAAGACCCUGCAGCUCAGGAUCGACCUGAGCGAACACAGGAAGCAGCAUCGAUUGGUCAUUUUUCAUUUUGCAUGUGUCACCAUAGAAACCUGCUGCUUGUUUGCACCAUAGCAACAGUUACGAAUUUAAGUUUGUUAUUUUUGACAUCCUCCCUUUACUUUUUGCAAGAUUUUUUUGUUAUUGCUUUUUUAUUUUAAUUUUUUUGAACCACUGGUGUUAGAAAUUUGCACAGAGAAAAAAGGUAUUUGACAAACAAAUGUGAUGUCAUUAUAAUAUAUGACUUUGUGUAUGCACAAUGUGUGUGUGUGCGUGUGUGUGUGUGUGUGUAGACGUAGAAUAUGCACAUACAAGUGCGUCAUAUAUAGAUCUGGUGACAGUUGUGUUUUUGGCCGAGGCCGCUUGAAAAGAGUGACGACAUUAAUACACAUUUAAAAAAAACAUGGAUUUACACAGAAGGAAAAAUCAUUUAUGUUUAUUCAGCAGAUCCGUUAAAUAAAUAUGAACGGAAGCACAGAGAAGAGUGUAAUAAAAAAAAUCUGGUGAUCCAUUUUCUAAGUCUGAUCUACUAUGUUUGGCAUUGAUAAUAUUUUAAGUUACUUUUUUUUAAUCUGCUAAACAGAGAAAGAAUUAUUUGUUUUCUUUUGUCAGGAUCAUUUUUGGUUGUUUGUUGUUGUAAUACUCAUUUUGGCCACACGAGGCUGAAGUGCACCACUACCACAUGUAUAAAAGACUAAAAGCAUUCCUGUUUUCUUCCAGGUGUGUUUCAGUUUCUCAUUGAAGAAAACAUGAAUGCUUUGAAUCCUAUUUAGAAUAUGGGGUAAUGAUUCAAAUCAAUAUUAUAACAAACAACACAAAAAUAAUGUUUUAAUCUUCCAAAACUUUUUCUUUUUUUAAAACGAUUUUCCUUGCAAAACCAUAUUUUUUUCACCUGUUCUGAAACACAACAGAAAAAUCGACCCAGAUCAGACUGGAAUCACCAGAAUGUGAUUUCUCACUGGCCUCUCAGGGCUUCCGUACAUAUUAGCAUUUUACUGAACUUUUGUGUAUUUACACAGAGGUGGAGUUUGCAACCUAUAAAUGUAAAAUGAACUUUGCUGUUACAAAAAUGACAUAAAAUCUUGGCAGAAAAAAACCCUCAUGUGGCGCUACAAAGAGAAUAAAAUGCUCCUCUAAUAAAAUGAAUAGAGCUACGACACGAUCCCACUGAGGCCAGAUUUUAAAGUAAACAUCCAUUAACUAGCUUCUUAUCUUCUAGCCUCCAUAACAAAAUGGAUUUAUCAUUAAAAAAAAACUCUGUGCAGAUGUUUUAUUCCUUUUAGUCACAUUUGGAGAAGUUUUUUAACCUUUUUUUUUUUUAUUUUUUUUUUUUCCCAAAAGGGCCAACAUCUGUCACUACAUGCAUGCAGAUGUGCACAGUGUGGCAGUACACUACCGUUCUAUACAAGCUGUGACACUAGAGAGGUGGAUUCAGAAACAUGAACACUAGUUUAGCUGAUUUUAACUGAGACGCCAUCACUAAACCUGAACUCCUACAGAGCUGAAGGUUCACGUUGUCGAGUAAAAACACUUCACAGAAGUCCGUUUUUAAUUAAUUUCAUUUUCUACACAAGAAAAGUCACCUAUCAACAAAUACAAACAAGCUAUGAAAUGAUUGUAAUUUGCAAAUUACAGAAGUUAAUGAACUGCUCCACACUUGCAGCAUCAGAUCAAUAUCUGAAAUUAAAUAUUUAAAUGAGUAGUGAUUAUAAUAACGGUAAUAUCUCUGAAGUUAUUAGGAAAUCUGGUAUUUUAUAAGAGCUUGACCGUAAAGACAGCACACUUCAUUAUCAUGUUUGGAGUGGGAAAUGUUUUCCUAAACUCUGGUUACAAAUCAGCCAUAAAAGAGAUAAAUGUCUCAGCUUGAUUUAGCCACAGUCAUGUCCUUCCAGCCAACGUCCGUUAAGACAAAUAUGAGUUUCAGAGCUGCAACCAAGUUUUUAUUAUAUUUACACAAUCAGGUUAUUUAACAAAAAAUCUACUCGUUUGUGCAAUUUUGUGUCAAAAAGAUGUGAGCACUACCAAGUAGACUGUCUAGCUUCACAUUGACAUGGUCAUCCGAUAAGCCAAAAUAAUCACAUUUCAUAUUUAGGCUCAGUUUAUGAGUUGAUUGAUUACUCUCUUACUGGCAAAAACAAAAAUCACAAUUUUACUUUAAAUU